AUGUCCCUGGCGCUGCCCGUGGGCGCCGUGCUCAACUGCGCCGACAACACCGGCGCCAAGAACUUGUACAUCAUCUCCGUCGUGGGGUGGGGCGCAAAGCUGAACCGGCUGCCGUCCGCCGCCUGCGGCGACAUGGUGAUGGCCACCGUUAAGAAGGGGAAGCCGGACCUGAGGAAGAAAGUGCUCCCCGCUGUUGUGGUGCGGCAGCGCAAGCCGUGGAGGCGAAAGGACGGAAUGUUCAUCUACUUUGAAGACAACGCGGGUGUCAUCGUCAACCCCAAGGGAGAAAUGAAAGGAUCUGCAAUUACAGGUCCAGUGGCGAAAGAAUGUGCCGACUUAUGGCCCCGAAUUGCAAGCGCAGCCAACUCGAUUGUGUGA